CUUUGCGCAUGCGCAAUGUGCAUUGAAAAACGAAACGAACACGACUAUGGUCUCGGCUAUAGACUUUAUGACAAGGAUUUUAGGAUCACUUUCGCCAUAACUCAGAGUAAUGGAGAUUUAUCCAGGCCCGUUGGUGGUGCCCAAGGGCGCCUUCGAUCUGAAAGGCUAUGGGACACCCUGACCCAUAGCCUUAAUGCCAUAGGCAAUGGCUCAACAAAAACAACCAAAAAGUGGAAAAAAGUUUGGGCAGAUCUAAAGUCAAAAACUAAGAAGAAGGGGCUUAGAAUCCGCCUAGCUGCCAAUGGCACAGGCGGUGGGCCACAUGAUGGUCAGUCGCUGUCGGCACUUGAUCUCAGAGUGCUGGCUAUCAUGGGCCUACUGGCUGUCCAAGGCCAAGAGGCUGUCCAAGAGCUGGGUUUUACCAACAUUAAUCUCAUUGAAAGACCUGUAGACAUCCAGGCAGAGCCAGCCAACAUAGAGCAAAUUUUUGUAAAUGAAUACUCCCACCACCAUCACCACAAUCACCACAGAUGAUGUCGACGGAAGACAUACAAUAUAAUAUAAUAGAGCCAACUAAUCCAAGACCAUCUACAUCCACGGGGAGGCCCGCCGAUGUAGGCGGUCCUAGAUUAGUACCAUCAGCACCUGCGGAAAUAACAUAUACUUCCCGUCAUUUGUCUUUGUAAAAAGCAGAAUAUAAACCUAGU